UGGUCAGUGCCCAGAGUUAAGUAAUCUUCCCUGUCCCGCCCCUUCCCGCCCCGCCCGCAAGUGGGAGUCGCCUGGCAACAGGGCCUAGCUGUGGAACUGACGCGGGCUCUCUGAGGCAGGUAGGCGGUGGAGAGCGAUCGAUGAAUCUGCCAAUGCGAAUUGGGAGAUGAGGUGGGGGCGGUUCCCGCUACUGGGCUUGAAUCGCCGGUAAAAUACAAACCGCCGCCGGGAGCCCUAGGUGGGUGCGGGCGCUGAGUACAGGAGAGCGGGGAAUCGCUAUGGGGGAGUCGGAGGAAGGGUGGGGGCUUUAUCUGUGUGCGACCCCCUCGGCCCCAGCUUCCUGAUCCAGCCCGCCCCGCUGGUCCGUGUCUGUUUCAGUCUUUGCCCCUCCCCCCGCAUACCGGGGGGAACCGAGACUCAUGGGGGCGGGGCGAAGUUUUCUGUGCGUCUUCCCUGGGGUGGGACAUGGUCCCGGCGCCUCUCGGCUCUGUUCCGCGGGGCCGCCGAGUCUCUUGGGCCCCGGCCUCUGUUUUCUCUGUAGGGGCAGCAGGGGGCUUCCCUUGUGCUUUUCUCCAGCUGCAAAGCACCGGGCUGGAGGCCCUGCUUUUCCCGGUCUUACAUCAGCAUCUCCGGAGCGGGACAGUACCUGAAUCCGGGGUCAUUGCAGCUUCCUGAGGACUUGCAAGGCAGAAAAAGGGCAACACGUGCACCCUGCCCGCCUUUGCUUUGCUGAGACUCCUGUUGGGAAAACAGACUCUUAGGCUGCUGACCAUUUUGGGAGGUCCCUGGUCACAACCGCCAGGAUCCUUCUGCCAGAAAGAGAAUAUCCUGUAUUAAACUUGUCCCAAAAAUCUAAAAGAAGAAUAGUGUGUGAAAUAAUGGCAACCGGAGACUUAAAAGGAAGUUUACGCAAGCUAGAACAAGGACUUCGCUUGUUAAACUAUCCUAGGGAAGUGGAUUACACAGGCAGUUUUGUAAAGGGUGAUGCAGCUGCGUUUUUACCCAUCAUCAGUUAUUCCUUCACAUCCUUCUCAACUUACAUAGCAGAACUUUUGGUGGAAUCUGAUGUAGAGCUCACGGCUAAAAGCGAUUUGCGUUUUAUUGAAGCCAUCUAUAAGCUACUUCGAGAUCAGUUUCAAUACAAACCAGUUUUAACAAAACAGCAGUUUCUCCAGUGUGGCUUUGCAGAAAGGAAAAUACAGAUUGUUUGUGACAUUAUCAGUGCUGUGAUGAAAAAGCAUAAGGAAUUAAGUAAUAUGAAUAAGGCCAAAUCUCAAACAAGAAGAAAAACCAGGUCUUUAAAAUCUGAGUCACAGGCAAAUUGUGAGAAACUUCUUGCUGAUCCUGUUUGCAGGACUGUGAUUUCUCAGCAGAAACCUCAAGUGGAACGUCACCCAGAUAAUGAAGUUAACGUGCAUGUCUAUGAGACCGCCAUUCCAGUAGAUGGAGAUAGCGAAGAAGAAUCCUGUGUAUCUGAUGAUGUUUUGGAAGUUGUGUGUGAACAAGCCACAGAAGAUCAUAGUCAAAUGGAGCUGCUAAAGAGCCAGCUUGCUGAUUGCCAAGAAAAACUUCAUAAGCUAAGUUGGAUGGAAGAUAAACUACAUGUUUUAGAAGAGAGACUUCAAGGGAAGGUGAUUAUAGAUGAGAAGGACUGGAAUAAUCUCCUAAGCCGGGUCUUGCUCCUUGAAACAGAACUGAUGUUGCAGUCAAAAAAGAGUGACUUAUCUACAGAAUUUAACAAUAUGAGUGAAGACCAUACCUCUAGUAGGAAUAUGACUCCAGUUUCUCCUGAUAUUGAGAGGAAGGAGGAGAUGCCAGAGAGUCUUCAUCAGUCGUCUGGAUACAGUUCACUAUUAUCCACAGACCCAUCUCCCAAAGCCGCAACCAUUAAUUAUCAUGGUUUGACAGAGAUUUCAAAGGAGACAACAAGACAAAGAAUGGAAAGGAUAAGUAAAAUGAUUGAAGAAACUUCAGAAUUGCUGAAAAAUUCAAGUAACACAUCAUAGACCAUUUUCUGUCUAGACUUCUGGAUCUCAAAACUAUUAUGUAAAUUUGUACAAUUUUAAAGUUAUUUUGAAUAUAUUAUCCAUUUUAAGGACUAUAAUUGUUUUAAAAUGUUUUUAUUUUUACUUGAAGAAUAAAUGUUUUCUCAUACCUUUGUCAUGAUUACAUUAAUUUUAACCUUUUGCUAUAGAAAAUUGCAUUUUUUGUGGAGUUGAAGUCAUUACAGAAGUGUGUUUUUGUGUUGACAUUUGUUGGCAACGUGCUAAGUAAUAUGUUUUUUAAAGUGCAGGCUUGAGAACCAUGGUUUACAUCCUGUUGGAAACACUCCAGCUGGGACUUGCAUAUUGCACCCAAGAGACUUUCAUACAUACCAUCUUGCCAUCUGUACUGUUCAAUAAGACUUAAUGAAAACUUAAAUGCA